GGCCGGCGGCACUGGGGGACUCCGUGCUGACAGCUGUCCCUGUUCUUGUCUGUGGGCCCGUCCUGCCAGGUUGAAGGAGCGCAGCCGCCUCUGAGACAUGGAUAGAUGCAGACAUGUAGGGCGGUUGCGGCUGGCCCAGGACCACUCCAUCCUGAACCCCCAGAAGUGGUGCUGUCUGGACUGCUCCACCACCGAGUCGGUGUGGGCGUGUCUGAAGUGCUCCCAUGUGGCUUGCGGCCGCUACAUGGAGGACCACGCUCUGAAACACUUCGAAGAGACGGGGCACCCGCUCGCCAUGGAAGUCCGGGACCUCUACGUGUUCUGCUACCUGUGCCAGGACUACGUGCUCAACGAUAACCCGGAGGGGGACCUGAAGCUGCUGAGAAGCGCCCUCCUGGCGGUCCGCGGCCAGAAGCAGGGCCCGCUGGUGAAGCGGGGCCGCACGCUGCGCUCCAUGGCGUCGGCCGAGGACCUGGCCCAGCUGCAGCGCACUCCUCAGGGACAGCCGCAGAUGCUGACGGCGCUGUGGUACCGGCGCCAGCGCCUGCUGGCCAAGACGCUGCGCCUCUGGUUCGAGAAGAGCUCGCGGGGCCGGCCUACCUCAAGGAAAACGCCCGGGGCCAAGCUCAAGCCGCACCGCAAGCGGGCCGUGGCCCCCGGCGUCACGGGCCUGCGCAACCUGGGCAACACCUGCUACAUGAACUCCAUCCUCCAGGUCCUCAGCCACCUGCGGAAGUUCCGGGAGUGCUUCCUGAACCUGGACCCUUCCAAAACGGAGCGGCUGUUCCCCAGAGCGACCAACGGGAAGGCUCCGCUCUCCUCGGGCAGGCCAGCGAGCAGCUCGGCCCCGGAGGUGCAGGCCAGGGGCCCCAGGGCUGAGGCCUGGGACCGGGAGGCCCUCUGCUUGAAUGGCGGGGCCUCCAUCAGCAGGAGCCUAGAACUCAUCCAGAACAAGGAGCCGAGCUCAAAGCACAUGUCCCUCUGUCACGAGCUGCACACCCUCUUCCGAGUCAUGUGGUCUGGGAAGUGGGCCCUGGUGUCUCCCUUCGCCAUGCUUCACUCAGUGUGGAGCCUGAUCCCCGCCUUCCGGGGCUACGACCAGCAGGACGCCCAGGAGUUCCUCUGUGAGCUGCUGCACAAGGUGCAGCAGGAGCUGGAGGCCGAGGGCACCGCGCACCACAUCCUCAUCCCCUUCUCCCAGAGGAAGCUCACCAAGCAGGUCUUAAAGGUGGUGAACACCAUAUUCCACGGGCAGCUACUGAGUCAGGUCACGUGCAUAGCAUGCGACUACAAAUCCAAUACCAUUGAGCCCUUCUGGGAUCUGUCCCUGGAAUUCCCGGAACGCUACCACUGCAUAGACAAGGGGCUUGUCCCUUUGAACCAGACAGAGUGCCUGCUCACUGAGAUGCUGGCCAAGUUCACGGAGACAGAGGCCCUGGAGGGGAGAAUCUACGCUUGUGACCAGUGUAACAGCAAACGACGAAAAUCCAAUCCCAAACCCCUUGUUCUGAGCGAAGCCAGAAAGCAGUUAAUGAUCUACAGACUACCUCAGGUCCUCCGGCUGCACCUUAAACGAUUCAGGUGGUCUGGCCGUAAUCACCGAGAGAAGAUUGGGGUCCAUGUCGUCUUUGACCAGGUAUUAACCAUGGAACCUUACUGCUGCAGGGACAUGCUCUCCUCUCUUGACAAGGAGGCCUUUGCCUAUGAUCUCUCCGCAGUGGUCAUGCAUCACGGGAAAGGGUUUGGCUCAGGACACUACACAGCCUAUUGCUACAACACAGAGGGAGGUUUUUGGGUGCACUGCAACGACUCCAAGCUGAACGUGUGCGGGGUCGAGGAGGUGUGCAACACCCAGGCCUACAUCCUCUUCUACACUCAGAGGGCCGUGCAGGGCCACCCAAGGGUCUCGGCAACCCGCCUCCAAGCUCAGGUGCAGCCCGGCGACAGCGGGGAGGGCCUGCCACGGACAUUCCCCUGAGCGGGAGCCAGGAGCCCGCCCUGGCUGGCUGGCCAAACUACUGGUGCUCACACAGCUUCCCUCCCGGAGGCGGGCUGCAGGACAGAGCACCCAGUGGGGCUUCCUGCACAUGACCUCCCAGAA